AUGCAUCGCUUUUUUGCAGAGCUGGAGCCAUCUCUAUCCGUCACUGAGCAAAACCUGGCAGACCGAGUUAGGUACAUCCUGCGUUCCAACAUAUUUGGUGACGCCGAACUCGAGCGACUACGACGUGAGGCUAUUCCUUCAUCGAAUGGAAAUGCUACGGCUGGGAAUGCGGCGCCACUAGAUGCGCAACAAACUGCAUAUGUUGAUGCUGCCGUCAACAUUCCAGUGGCUAAUUCAGACGAUGAUGGAAUAGUCUUCCACGAACUAGAGAAAAUAAGGAGCAUAUUGGAAGAGUCAAUGCUGGAAACGCGCAGCAUGCCUCUCGAAAAUCGACCGCGACUUCCCCGCAUACCCCUUAGCAAGCGAAAUCGGGCUGUCGUGCGGGCUCUUAAUCCAAUGCUGGUGACCUAUUUGGAAGCCAGCCGGGACCUUUGCGAGACGGAUUCAAUUCUUUUUGGCGCCGCACUGGCAGUAUGCCGUAUUAUUGGCGCCAAACUUCCCGUGGCUGGACGUGCUACUCAAAAAAGUAGCGCCAUCCCAGGCUGGAGAAAAAGAAUUGAGGACCGUAUCGCAAAGGCAAGGGCCCUUAUCGGCAGACUGACAAGCUUCAGGUCGGGUAAUAAUAGACCGAGGAUUAUGCGCACCGUUAGGAUGGCGUUUGCUGGGACAAAUAUCAGUUUGUUCCAACCGGAUAUCACGCAAAAACUAACGGAGCGCAUAGAUGACCUGAAGCAAAAAAUCGCUGCUUGGGGGAAGCGGAUUUGA